AUAAUUCCUUAAUUUUUGUGGCCAUUUUCGAUAAACUACUGAGGUGUACCGUGCUUCCUAUUAUACAUAUUGCAAAGCAGUCAAACAACUUUUCAAAUGCGCAGUUGAAAGUAUAUACUUAUGCCUGUUAAGAGCAUAACAAAUACUUUAUACAAAUUUAUCUUGCCGAUAAUGUACACUGUUCCUGCCACUGGGAUGGUAUAUACAAAAUAAUAGACGCUUAGCUUUAUAUACAUAUAUACAUCUUAGUAAAAUCUAUAUUGAAAGGAAGUCGUAUUAUUUACCAAUACAUAACAUUUUGUGAUUAAUCAGCAAGAUGACCUUUUAUACUUCGUUUUGGACGACAUUUUUAAUUAGCCUUUUCAUUGUGCUAAAUAUAUACUCAAUUGAAAUUGGAGUUCACGGCCAAUUGAAUCUGGAUAAUAUAAAGAAACUAGAUUUGAAUCGUCAACUUCCGGAAGAAUACGCUAAAUCCAACUUCAGCUUGAAUGAAUUUAAAGAGUUGGUCCGCAACAAAUGUAUAAAUGUGUCUGGGGAGAAGCUUGGUGGGGAAGCGUACACGGAAAUUGAAGCUGGCCUCGUGACGCUCGGCGAAUGCAUCACUACUUUAGUCAAUUUCACAACUGUGCAGCAGGAGAUUGAGAAAGCAAGCCCCCUUGGACAGCUGGAUGAGGUUUUUAAUAAAUAUUGCAAGAAACGAACGAAUGCCUUGGAGUGCUUCGAUGUUUUCAAUUCUAAACUAAUACCAUGCCUAAGCACAGAAGAGCAGGACAGCCAGAACGUACUGAUCAGGAUUAUUCGGAGUCUAUUGAACUUUGUUUGCCAUAAGGAUGGAGACCAAAUAGCUUUAUUUAUUGCUGAAAAAGGGCCCGAGUGCCUGGAAUCGCAAAAGGAUAAUAUUCAACAGUGCCUUAAUAGCACAUUUUCAACGUAUAUGAACAUUUCAGACAUACAAGAUACCAAAAUUAAAUCAUUGCCCUUAUUGGUUAUGGGAGAUAAACAGUGUGAUGACUUGAAAAACCUGGAAACCUGUAUAGUACAUCAUUUGGAGAAAUGCUCCGAAAUAACUCCGGCAAACCUUGUAGAAUCUAUGUUUAAUUUUAUUAAAAACGAGACCAUGUGCAGCAACUCUAAGAAAAGUAAUGCAUCUAAGCAAUCAGCUGAAAAUGCUAGUAAUAUUCCCUCAGUUAAUCUAUUUUUAGUCAAUAUAAUACUCCUUUUUAUGUUCGCUUGGAAAUCUGAAUUAUCUAAUGAGCUUUAAUCAACGAUUAUUUUAUAUUAUUAUGUUGCAGUUGAAUGCUGUGUGGAAAAGGAAUCUCUUAUAAAAUGUAUUAAAUAUUAUAUGUAUAUGUUAACGAUGAUGGUAUAAAAGGUAUAGGCUAUCAAGUAUUGUUUUGCUAUAAUUUUAAAGGGGCAAAAGUGUAUUUUAGAUUGCUAGAUAUUUAUGUACAUAUACAUACAUAUAUAAAUAAAGAAAUACAUAUUUAUACACACUUGUGUGUCUUACUUAAAUCUUGAAAUUACAUCAAGCGCUGAAUAUACAACAAUGUAUUUAUACGAAUUCAACAAUUGACCAAAAAUAAGACAAAUAAAAUUUGUACUUAAUUGCAUACAA